AUGGCUACGGCGCAGCGCCACGAGACGGGGGGCUUGACCCCGGAACAGGUCGAGACCUUCUAUCGCGACGGCUAUCUCAUCAUUCCACAAGCCCUGACACCUUCCACCGUUGCCGCUUGUCUGGCUGAGACGCACCGCCUACUCGACUCCUUCUCCCUCGAAGACCACCCCAUGACCCGCUUCUCAACGGGCCAGGAGGGCGCGGAGCACGUAGGUGACGAUUAUUUCCUCAGCUCGGGCGACAAGGUCCGCUUCUUCUUCGAGGAGGAUGCCUUCGGCCCGGACGGCAGUUUGAUUAAGCCCAAAGCCCGCGCCGUCAACAAGAUCGGCCACUACCUGCACGAACUCUCCGCUCCCUUCCGCGCCAUCACCCGCCCGGACCCCGCCGCCGGGGAAACCUCGCAGCCCGUCCGUCCCGCCGCCGUCGCCCGCGCACUCGGGUUUCGCGACCCCCGUUGCCUCCAGAGCAUGGUCAUCUGCAAGCAGCCCGAGAUAGGCGGCGCCGUGCCCCCGCAUCAGGACUCGACAUUCCUCUACACCGACCCUCCCUCCGCCGUCGGCUUCUGCUUCCUGCCCGGCUCGCACCGCGGGGCGCCUAUCCGCCAGCGCCUCGUGCGUCGCGAGCAAGGGGGCGUCGCCGUCGGGACCGAUAUGGUCGCCAACGAGGGCACGCGGUUUCCUCCCGGAGACGAGUACGCCGAGAAGGGCGGCGAAGGCACAGAAACGGCGUAUGUCCCUGGCGAGGUGAAGGCUGGCGAUCUCGUCUUAAUACACGGCAAUCUGUUGCACAAGAGCGAGAAGAACACGAGCCAGAAGGGAAGAAUCAUAUACACCUUCCAUGCCAUCGAGCAGGACGGCACAAAGUACGACGAGUGGAACUGGUUGCAGCCUCCGGAGCAGGGAUUCACAAGAUUAUACGCUUCGUCGUAA